CCGAACCGAUGUUAUGUGGCACAUGAUUGUAUUUCAAGGAGACAUAGGUAAUUAUUGAAUGCAAACAUUUAUUACAUUCCCCAGGAUGGCUUAAAUACGUAUUUGAGCCUCCAUUUAGCUACACUGUCAUUCAGUAUAUGCUAAUCUUUUUACAGCUAGCUCACACACAUGAGGAUAUUCAACACCCCCAAUAACUCCAUCACUGGCUUCAUCCUCUUGGGCUUCCCUUGCCCCAGGGAGGGUCAGAUCCUCCUCUUUGUGCUCUUCUCUAUUGCCUACUUCCUAACCCUCAUGGGGAAUGGUUCCAUCAUCUGUGUGGUAUGCUGGGAUCAGAGACUCCGCACCCCCAUGUACAUCCUACUCACCAACUUCUCCUUCUUAGAGAUCUGGUAUGUCACCUCUACUGUCCCCAAAAUGUUGGCCAACUUCCUCUUUGAGAGCAAAGUCAUCUCCUUCUCCGAAUGCUUUCUCCAAUUCUACUUUUUCUUCUCCCUGGGUUCUACAGAAUGCUUUUUCUUGGCAGUUAUGGCAUUUGAUCGAUACCUUGCAAUCUGCAGGCCUCUACACUAUCUUACCAUUAUGACUGGACACCUCUGCACCAAUCUUGUGGUCAGCUGCUGGGUACUUGGUUUCCUCUGGUUCCUGAUACCUAUCAUCAUCAUCUCCCAGAUGUCCUUCUGUGGAUCUAGGAUCAUUGACCAUUUCCUUUGUGACCCAGGUCCUCUGCUAGCCCUUGCUUGUACCAGAGUCCCAGCAAUAGAGUUGACUAGCUCUACCUUAAGUUCUCUAGUUUUAUUUAUUCCCUUUCUCUUCAUCAUGGGAUCCUACACACUGGUUCUGAGAGCUGUGUUGAGAGUCCCUUCAGCAGUUGGACAAAGGAAAGCCUUUUCCACAUGUGGAUCCCAUCUGGCUGUGGUUUCACUUUUCUAUGGCUCAGUGAUGGUCAUGUACGUGAGCCCAACAUCAGAACAUGAAGCUGGAGUGCAGAAGAUUGUGACCCUGUUUUACUCUGUUGUGACCCCACUCAUUAACCCUGUGAUAUACAGUCUAAGGAACAAAGAUAUGAAGCAUGCAAUGAAGAAAUUCCUGGGAACAUAAAAAUGAGAGUCUUAGUUAAAAGGAUUUUGGGGCAGACAAUUUGUUGUUAACUUUUCUUGGUUAAAAAGAAAAUUUACUGAUAU